AUGGUCACCUCGCUGAGUCUAGUUAACGUGUAUGCUAGACACAAGUACAAAUACAAAUGGUUUGUAUAUGUUGUCUUUGCACCAAAAGCAUUCUGUGUCGGUACUUUGGAAAACAUAGUGAUUCAAGCUCAUGGAUACACAGAAUCAUUUUCUGUGAAUAUUGCUCUUAAAAGCUAUCCUGACAAAAGUUUCACAUAUUCUCUUGGCCUCAUUAAUUUGUCUCCAGAAAAUAGAUUUCAAGGCUCUGCAAAUUUAAAUGUAGACCUAAUAGAUUUGGCUGGAGAAGGAAAUGCAGUUUCACAUGUAUAUUUAGAAGUUGUGAGUGCUCAUUUUUCAAAAACAACAGAAAUUCCACUACGCUAUGACAAUGGAUUCAUCUUCAUCCAGACUGACAAAUCUAUUUACUUUUCAAAUGAAAAGUCAGUAAAGGUUAGAGCUUAUUCACUGGAUGAAGACCUACAACCAUCCCAAAGAGAAGUUACCUUAACUUUUAUAGAUCCAGGUGGGAAAGAAAUGGACCUGGUAGGAACAUAUACAAAUCCUGGAAUUAUCGCUUUCCCUGACUUCGAGAUCCCAUCUUUUCCUGAUUAUGGUUUAUGGACAGUUAAAGCUAAAUAUAAAGAGGACUUCACAACAACAGCAACUGCAUUUUUUGAGUUGAAAAUACAUGGGAAACCACAAUUCUAUGUCAUCAUAGAACCAGAAAACAGUAUUAUUAGCCAUAAAAAUGUUGAGAACUUCAAGAUUACUAUAAAAGCUAGAUUUUCUUAUAGUAGGAAUUUACCUGAAGCUAAAGUUUUUGUCCUCUUUAAUAUAAAAGAAGAUUUAUACGAUGGUGGACAUAAAAAUAUAUUUGCAGGAAUAGAGUCUACAAAUCUGGUUGAUGGUGUUGCACAAAUCAAUUUUAAUGCUUCAAAGGAAAUUAAACGAUUAAAUAAAAGCCUAGAAGAUUUAAAUAACAAGUUCCUUAAUAUUUUUGUGGAUGUAGAAGCAAGUAUAUUUGUCCAUGAGGAUAAAGAAGCAGUUGUCAAAUUUGUCCUUUUUCCCUACACACUGGAUUUAGUUGAUACUUCUCUUUUCCUGAAGCCUGGACUUCCAUUUCUCAUCAAGGUACAGGUGAAGGAUACUGAUGGUCAUUUGGUAAGAGGAAUUCCAGUAACGAUGGAAGCAAAAACAACUUAUAAGACAGAUAACUUGAAGACAGAUCUGGAUAUAAAACAAAGCACAACAAAUUAUGAUGGAGUAGCCUCAUUUGUGAUUUAUACUUCCUCUGAUGUGGCAAAACUGGAUUUUCAUGUGAAAACAGAUGACCCAGACCUUCCGGCAGAAUAUCAGGCCAGCAAUGACUAUCAAGCAGUGCCCUACUCAUCCCAGAGCCAAAGUUUCCUUUCCCUCAGCUGGCCAGAAAAUUACAAGGAUUUGGUUGUGGGAGAGCACCUGGACAUCUCUGUCACUCCUAAAAGUCCUUAUGUUGACAAGAUUACACACUACAAUUACUUGAUUUCAUCUAAGGGCAAAAUUGUCCACUUUGGAGCAGAGAAGAAACUCCCAGGUUCAUCCUCCCAACUUUUGAACCUUCCCCUGACUCAGCACAUGGCUCCUACAGCCUGUCUCCUGGUCUAUUACUUUGUCACAGGAGAUCAGACGACAGAAUUAGUGUCUGACUCAGUCUGCCUAAAGAUUCAAGAAAAGUGUGGCAAUCAGCUCCGGAUACAUCUGUCUCCAAAUAACGGUGCACGUCCCAGAGGCAAAGGUAUUUCUCUUACUUUGGAAACUCAGUCAGAAGCCUGGGUAGCGUUAUCCUCAGUGGAUGUUGCUGCAUAUCACUUCCAACAAAGAAGCACAAAUCCCAUGGAAAAAAUACUUCAUUCUUCAUCUAAACGCGGCCGGGACUGUGGAGCAGGCGGGGGCAGGAAUAAUGCGGAGGUGCUCUACUCCACGGGGCUCACUGUCCUUACCAACGUGGACGCCGGUCACUCCCAACGAGAGGGUGGAUCACGAAAGAAAAUUCUCAGGUCAAAAAGAGAAUUGAAAAACAUAAUAGAAAGCCUAGCAUCCACAUACCAACACCCGUUGGUCCAGAAUUGCUGUCGUGAUGGAGCUCAUGAAAGUGAAGACAGUUGCGAGAAAAGAGCUGCCCGGAUUAAGGUUGGCCCCCGUUGUUCAAAGGCUUUUUCUGUGUGUUGUGAAAGGGCAAAUUUCUGGCGACUCGAGAGCACUCAUCUCUCUGCACCACUGAGAGCUCCACCUGUUUUUGAACCAAGAAAAAAAUCAACAAUAAACUGGUUAUGGAAGGUGUAUCACGUUCCUAAAAGGCAUCAGGUGGACUUGACACUACCUUAUUCUCCAUCUACCUGGGAAAUUCAAGCUGUUAGCAUUUCAAAUAAAGGUCUCUGUGCUACUGAUGUGAUGCAACUGAAGGUAUAUGAAGAUCACUUCUUGGUCAUAAAUGACAGUGCUCCAGGGGCCAAUGAAGAGGGGCAUUUCCAACACCCAGACUCCAGGACCUAAAAACAACAACUGAAGCUUCAGCAGCUUCAACUGUCAACAUCAACUAUGAGGUAACACUGAAGAUGGAAGUUAGAUGGAACAAAAGGAGGACCCAAAGGACCAUAGCACCUUACUUUGACGACCUG